AUGCGAAUAAAAUCCCCUAUUUGUCGUCCACCUGAAGCACCGUUCCUCAUUCCGUUGGUACCAUUCAUUAAAUACGCACUGAACUGGUGCAUUCUAAGUGCAAACGUUAAUAUUGAUUCAGUUGGCGUAUUUAAUGUGAGACGCUGCAUUGGAAUGUCACUGGAAGAAAUAACAAUGAAAUCUUAUAGUGGAAAAUUAAAAAACCGUGUGAAAGAAGAAUGGAAGGGUGAAGAUUACGGACCAGUUACAUGGGAGGAAUUGUCAAAUAUGCGUCAAAAUUCUGUUAUUCUUUUUAAUAGCGAAUUAUAUCCAAAUAAAAUAUCAGAAUGGUCAUUAAGGGCUGAACCUGGACGAGAAACAAAAUAUUAUAUAUGCGUUUUAUGCCGCAGAUUACAAGAUAGAGGUAAACGAGAGGUACCUCCCAUGUAUUUCGGACCACCAGCUAGGAUUCUCGUACGUGAUGGCAGAUUUUUGGUUCAUCCGGAUUAUCCUCGAACACCACAUAUUUGUGGGUUUGCUGAAAAUCCAAUGUCAGAUCGUGCUAUGGUUUUGGCACGUCGUGCAAUGAUUCGCGCGCGUACAGAAAUUAGCGAAGAUGGCAUGACACCUAGAGAAAAGAUUCAAGAAGUAUUAAGAAGGUUUCGAGAAGAUGAAAAGUAUGCACACUUAAGUGAAGACGAAAUCCAACAAAUGGAAAAUAUAAUAUGUGGUGGUAACGGUGGUAGACCAUGGUCAGACUCGAGCAUUGCACGUUCAUUAUAUAUUAAUCGGCGUAAAUUAACUUCCUCAAAAAAUUGUACGAAGAGAAAAGUGUAUGACUGUCCGAUUGUAGGAUGUGAUUUUUUAACAUCAGCUGCAGGAAUGAUAGAUGUGCAUUUAAGCGAAAAGCAUAAGGCUGCUGAUGGUGAAACCGAAUUAACUAAUAAAAACUGCAAAAAUGAAUUUAAACUUGUACAUGUUGAUGACAGUGGAAACCCAGUACUUCCUGCAGAAAAUACUUUGGAUAUUGUGCAAUAUGAAAACGAUUCAUUGGCAAAUACAGAUUAUGGGCCAGUGACGCUUGAAGCAUUAUCAAAUAAACGUCGGAACACAAUAAUCCUUUUCAAGAGUAUACGUUAUCCGAAUAAAAUUUCGGAAUGGUCCGUAAAAACACCAUCUAGCGACAUUUCCAAAUAUUACACUUGUGUUCUAUGUCGUAAACUGAAAGAUAGUGGCAAACGUUGCAGUCCGCCAGUUGAAUAUCCACCAGCUGCUCGGAUUGUUGUACGUGAUGGUCGUUUUAUAGUCCAUCCGGAUUAUCCAAAGACUCCACAUAUUUGUGGGUUCGAAAAUAAUCCUCUAGCUGAUCAUGCUUCAGUUUUAUCCAGACGGUGA